UAGCUCUCCGCAUCUCUGCGGCAAGCUGCUCUUAGUGGUCCGACAACCGAUACCACGCCAUCCACAUCGAAAGGUACCGUGUCCUCGCCUCAAUGUAACACGAAUCCUUCUCCGCCUUCUUCACUUUGUCAGUCAUGACAGAGAAGGCCGGGCCCCUGUACGCCAAGUGGGAAACAAUACAGAUACGGUCUGAACUUCCACGCAGCUCGCGUCGGAGCCGCCCCGGCUCGCACGCCCCACAGCUUCGAAGCUAGUUUCUUAUUCUCCAAGACCGUAUUAUGGAGCGGCUCUCCACGCUCCAUGUGGAGUGAAGCUUUCCGCGACGGACGGGGCACCGGUUUCUACAAAAGCUCCAGUGGCCCGUCGUCAUCGUCUCUCACCCCUCUUCGUCGAUCCCCCCCUCCCCCUCUUCUCUCUCUCUCUCUCCCCUCCCCCUCCAAGUUAAGCUCGACGCUCGACUCACCAUGGCGGCCCAAGACCUCGCUCCAAAGGACUUCCAAAACGCCUUCCACUGGGCGGCGACGCAGAAGGAUGGGACGAUUCCAUCCUUCGCGACUCGCCCGAACGACCCGUACACGUACCAGCCCGGCUUCAACAACAGUUUCGAGUCCGAAGCCAUCGCCGGCACUAUCCCGAGAGGCCAGAACAGCCCGAGAAGCAUACGGUAUGGCCUGUACGCAGAGCAGGUGACGGCUUCGUCAUUCGUCGCUCCUCGACACGCCAACAAGAAGGCCUGGCUCUACCGGUCCCGACCCGCCGUGGCUCAUCAAGGAUUUACCGAACUCCCCGACAACAAGGACACGGAGUCCACCUUCAUGCCCAUCAACCCCCGGGUCCACGUCUCGCCGACCCAGCUGGCCUGGAAGCCCUUCCCGAUCCCCGACGGGCAGGACGUCGACUUCGUCCAGGGCCUGAAGACCGUGGCCGGCUCCGGGGACCCGACGCUCCGGGAGGGCGUCGCCACCCACGUCUACCUGUGCAACAAGAGCAUGACGAAGAAAGCUUUCGCCAACUCCGACGGCGACUGGCUCAUCGUGCCGCAGCAGGGCGCCCUCGACAUCCAGACCGAGUUCGGCUUCCUCUACGUGCAGCCGGGCGAGAUCUGCGCCAUCCAGCGCGGCCUCCGCUUCAAGGUCGACGUCGAGGGCCCGACGCGCGGCUACAUCCUCGAGGUCUGGGGCUCCAGCUGGGAGCUCCCCGAGCUGGGCCCCCUCGGCGCCAACGGCCUCGCCAACGCCCGCGACUUCCUGCACCCCGUCGCGUCGUACGAGGUCACCAAGGACGACCCCUGGGACGUCGUCUACAAGCUGGGCGGCAGGUUCUUCAACAGCACGCAGCGCCACUGCCCCUUCGACGUCGUCGCCUGGCACGGCAACUACGUGCCGUGGAAGUACGACCUCACAAAGUUCGUCAACGUCGGCUCCAUCUCCGUCGACCACAUCGACCCGUCCAUCUUCUGCGUCGUGACGGCCAGGUCCAGGGACCCCAACGCGCCCCUGGCCGACUUCCUCAUCUUCUCGCCGAGGUGGGACGUCGCCUCCCACACGUACCGGCCGCCCUACUACCACCGGAACGCCGCCUCGGAGCUGAUGGGCCUGAUCUACGGCGACUACGGCGGCCGUUCCGACGAGUUCCGGCCGGGGAGCAUCUCGUUCGAGUGCGGCUUCGUCCCCCACGGCGUCGCCUACGAGCAGUUCGCCGCCGCCUCCAAGGAGGACCCCCCCGUCAUGCAGAUCUCGCUCGGCUCCAUCGCCUUCAUGUUCGAGACGAGCCGGCCCCUCACCAUCACCGACUACGCCUGGCACAGCAAGGAGAAGCACGAGCAUGACCCCAAGAUGUGGGACGACCUCGUCGACAACUUUUCAAAGUUUGACAUCGAUCCGGCCCUGAUCAAGAACAGUGGGAAGAAGAACCAGAAGUGAAGAUGCGUCGACCAAUCUGUAUAACAGGCGGAUCUACGGUUUUGUUCUGAUGAGAUGACGUUAAAUGAAUGGAAAGCAACCAAACACUUUUUUUUUUUUUUUUUUUUUUUUUUUU